AUGACCACGGCAUGGGCGCGACCUAUGACGUAUCAAGCCCGCAUGUGGCGCAAGUUGGUUUGCUCCAAUGAGGCACGCUCGGGAAUGUCUCUCCAUCGCACACUGUCAACCUGGACACGCGAGGUGCUCGUCUUGGCCAUUGGAUAUGUCACCAUGUUGCAAGCCGCUUUGGUACAUCAGACCGACUACUUCACUGCCUUGCCCGAUCCUGGUGGCCGUCCUGAGAAAACAAACCUGGUCCUAGACUUUGAUGUGCGUCACUUGCAUUUAGCAUCCGCACAACCCAUGCAUACAGCAGGGGGACCUCCUGCCCCAAGUGAAGCAGGCGGCUAG